AAGAGAUGACACAGUGAUGCAGCUUAACAUCUUAAACCUCAUUUAUCGUAUGACUCCGUUCCGUUCCAUAGCCGAACGAAGUAAAGAAAUUGACCAAUAUAAGUGUCCUUUAUUUCCACAACGUUCACAUUGCAUCACAGAUCCAGUAAUUCUAUCCGAGAGGAACGCUUUUGCCGGAUGA